AACACUCCCAAUUUACAAUUAAGAAAAGGAAACGCAAGUUUAUUUAAAAAAAUUAUAAUUAUCUCCACUGCAAAUUCGGAUUAUUAUCAGAAUGAGUGUCAUAAGCAUGCGAUCAUUCCCGUGAGACAAUCCUAUCGGGAUUAUAUAUGUACUCUCGUAUGUACCUCAAUUGUCAUUAUUUAAAAAAAAAAUUUCAAUGUAAAAAAUGAUACAAUUUACACGCGUCAGUGUAUCUCUUUUUAAAAAUGCGAGGAGUGAAUUGAAGAGAUUCACCGCAUGUAUAUGUAUACAUAGGAUAACUGUCGACUGGUGGGGAUUGAAAAGUAAUAGUAAAUACAAGUGCAAGCGAAUAGCACCAGUCAGUUGCUCUGGAGCGUUACAUUAGUGUUUUCUUUACAUGUCAUGUUCCAGUAGUUCGUGUGCGACCCUGUGUAACGAUGAAAAGAUUUUUGCUCGUUAUUUCGUUGGCUCUUGGUGUUUAUUGCCAGUUGAUAUUUCCUGAUGAUUUUGAAACAACUGGUGAUGUCAGACCACAAAAUGGAAAUACCCGUCGACCAUUCCCGACAUUUCCACAGAACAUGUACGACAACGUCGGUACCAAUUACCCCAUGAACAAUUAUCAUCAACAAGCGAAAACUUUGGGUGCACCAAAUAAUAACAAUAAUAAUUACGAUAGACUAUCAAGUGUUUUACCAUCACGGCCUCCAGCAAUUGGCACGCCAGACACUAUGACAGCUGAAAGAAUAUACUGGGGUAAUCACGUGAAUAAUAUUAUAGUCAGAGGGGUAAUGAAUUUUGCUUUGGACAUGGAUCGAGCGAUCGAUGACAAUCAGAGAGAAUCAUCAGUUGGUCCUGAUCGUGAUAAUAUCGUAUUUUCACCAGUGAGUUUAGUAGCAACACUGGCCAUGGUUCUACUGGGUUCAAAUGGAAAGACUUUUGACGAAGUUGUGAAGAUCCUUGGGCUUUCAUCGGGAGUAGAUAUUUCUGGCCACUCAGAAAUGGUCCACCAAAUGCUGGGACUAUUACUCAAUUCCAUCGACACCAAAUUACCCCUCACGGCCAACGGCUCCCAAGUGACAAUUGCCAAUGGAAUAUUUGUCCAGGCGGACUAUCCCAUUCGGCCAGAAUUUCUUGCGAUCAGUAAUGCAGUUUAUAAUAAUGAAGUGAUUAAUGUUGAUUUUAUGCGACAGUCUGGGUCGGCCCAGGAAAUUAUAAACAAUUGGGUUGAUAUGAGAACUCAUGGAAAAAUUAGGAAUAUUCUUGCACAGGCCCCGGCUCCUGAUACCAAAGUUAUUUUCACGUCUGCUUUGUACUUCAGUGGCGAAUGGGAGCGGUAUUUCAUCAGUUCAGCCACUAAACGGAAGCCGUUCACAUUGGCGUCUGGACAAACCGUUGACGUAGACAUGAUGUAUAAUGUUGAGAAUUUCCCAUAUUACGAGGAUCGGCAAUUAGGUGUUAAAAUUCUAGGACUUGCCUACAAAAAUCUCCCACCGAACCCAGGACAGUCGUCGCUUUUUGACUCAACGAUGUACAUUCUGCUACCUACAUCUGAAGAUCCAAGUGCUCUGAAAACACUGGAGUCCAGGCUGACUCCUGAUCUUAUUGAACGACUUAUUUCAAAUAUGAAGGUCAAAAGGUGUAUCGUAGGACUACCAAGGAUGAAAUUGUCAAGUACCCUUAGUCUAAAUAGGGCACUGCAGUCAUUGGGUUUGACAACGCUUUUCGUACCGGAUCAAGCGAAUUUGGCACUUCUGUCUGCCGGUCCCAAUGGUUUAAAAAAUCAUGACCUGCCAAGCACUUCUGAUUCAUUAAUCUUCACGAGAAUCAAUAAUGAAGAGCCCGCGACCACUGGCACGACGCACACCAACAACACGCGAAGAACUAAUUAUUUCAGGUACGAGGAUAAACGGGGUGGAUAUAAAAUAGAACAAUGGAAUAACGGUGUUUUCGUGGAGAAAAUUUCAAAAUCACAGCGACGGAAGAGACAAAUUACAUCAGCAGUGCCAGACAGAGAAAAUUAUAAACGUUCCAAGCGACAGAGUCGUCCCAUUGACAAUGACUUUGUUAAAUUCAUUGAGAGACAGGGAUUUCCCAAUUACGGUCUCGAUGCACUUAGAAAUAAUGCCCACCUUGUUAAUCCGGGAUUAUUCGCCUCCGAUGUUAUUCACAAAGUUGAAAUUGAUGUAACAGAAACUGGUACUGUCGCUGCAGCUGCUACCAGUGUUGUUAUUGAACGCAGCGGUGGUGCAUUCGUGGUAGCCAACAGGCCUUUUACAUUUUUUAUCAGACAUGAGCCAUCACGAUUGGUUCUCUUCUGGGGCUCCAUCAAUAAACCCACCCCAAAUUAUCCGUAAAAUUCACUUAUUUUUUCAUUCUCCUACUCUCUUUUUUAUCCCUAUUAUAUCCUGCUAGCUCUAUUUUUAACGCAGAGUCACUUUAAUCUCUCAUUGCCAUUUGAAUCUACUUUAUGAACAGUACUUAGAGAAAUCCAAGUGAUUACAUUUGCAUCGCGUAUUAUUACCGUCAAUGCUUAUUUAUUAUAAUUAUCAUUCAUAUUGUUGUAUUUCUUAUUUAAGACUGAAUUCACUAGAAUUUCAUCUGCGGUUGAAUUUAACUUGCAAUAUUCUGAAAUAAUUUGAAUUGCUAUGAGUAGAGUCUCAGUGAAUGUGAAUAAUGAACAAAUGAGCAAGAGAAUAACAAAUAAAUAAAUCCAAGAACA